UUAAUUUCGUAAUCAUGAGUGCCGUGUGCAACAUUUAAACUGCCUGCGGUUUAAAAGCGAUUGUAUGCUGCAUGCAAACAUUCUCACUUUACUGGCACAGGGGAGACACUGUGAGACCUUUACGGAAUGGCGUGGGCACUGGUGCUGGUGCUAAUCGGAGUUCUUUCCGCUGUCUUUUUAUUCUGCACUAGGCGCAAGAGGCAAAGAAAUGAGCCCCCAUUGGAUAAAGGCAGUGUUCCUUGGCUCGGUCAUGCCCUUGAAUUUGGCAAAGAUGCUGCCAAGUUCUUAUUACAGAUGAAGGAGAAGCAUGGAGACAUUUUUACAGUAUGUGUGGCAGGACGUUAUGUGACUGUACUACUGGAUUCCAAUUGCUAUGAUGCAGUGCUCGCAGACACCCAAUCCCUCAGUCUGACACACUAUAGCCAAAUUUUAAUGGACAGAAUCUUCAACCUUCAGUUGUUUAAUCAUGACCCGGUAUCUGAGAGAAUCAGAGUGGACCAAUACUUUAAGGGCAGCAGUCUAUCUCGACUCUGCAGCUCAAUGCAAAACAACCUCCAAUUGCUCAUGGCAUCUGUAAAUCCACAGAACCCAACAGAAUGGAAAAAAGACAGACUUUUUGACUUCUGUUACAGCUUGCUCUUCAAGGCCGGUUAUCAUACCCUAUUUAGCACAGAAAAUAAUAACAGUGCUGAAUUCACUGAGGUUUAUGAGGAGUUUCGGCGCUUUGACAAGAUUUUACCAAAACUGGCACGACGUUCUGCACAUAGAGAUGAGUUGAAAAUUGCCAGCUCAGCACGAAAGCGGCUAUGGGAACUCUUGUGUCCAGACUGGUUUUUCACGGGAACAGUGGCCCAGUCAUGGAUGCAGACCUACUUACAGCACCUAAAAGAGCAGGGCAUAGACAGACAGACCCAGAGGCGAGCCAUGCUUCUUCAACUGUGGGUUACACAGUGUAAUGCUGGCCCUGCAGCAUUCUGGUUGCUGGGCUUCUUGCUCACUCACGCAGAGGCCCUGAAAGCAGUGAAAGAAGAGCUGUGCAGCCUACAGCAUCUACCUCUGGACAAAAGAGAGGACACACCAAUAUUUAACAGUGCUCUGAAGGAGACGCUGCGCCUCAGAGCAGCUGCCCUCAUCACCAGAGAUGUAAUGCAGGACAAAAUGAUUAAAUUAAGCAGUGGCCAAGAAUAUGUUCUACGGCAUGGAGAUCGCCUUUGUAUCUUCCCUUUCCUCAGUCCACAAAUGGAUCCUCAGAUCCAUUAUGAGCCAGAGAAGUUCAAAUUCGAUCGCUUCCUAAAUUCGGAUGGAACAGAGAAGAACAAGUUCUGUAAGGAGGGGCUGCUGAUGAAUUAUGGUACCAUGCCAUGGGGAGCAAGGAGCAGUUUGUGUCCAGGGCGUCAUUUUGCUGUUUGUGCUUUAAAAAGGUUUGUGCUCAUGAUUCUGACGCAGUUUGACCUGGAGCUGUGUGAUUGUAAUGCACGCAUGCCACCAGUGGACCUCAACCGUUACGGGUUUGGGGUGCUCCAACCAGAUGGGGAUUUGGAAAUCCGCUUUAAGCUAAAAAAAAAAAUACAUAAUGUAAAACUGUAGUCAAAACAGUUUAAAAUUAAGUAGCUUCAUUGUAUAAAGGCAUCUGCUAUUAUGUGUUCUUACUGUUUUUGUACAGUUUUUAUAUCACCUGUUAUUUAUUUAAAUGAAGCAAGCAGGGGCAUAGGUAACCCCCAAUAAUCAGAACUAUGAAUUGCCUUGUGUUAUGUUAGGUAAAUUUGAUGUUAUUAGUUCCCAUUAUCAACAACAAAGUUUUAAUCACGUAUAAGUUUUAAUCAGGAACAUUGUGCAUUCAUUUGGACUGUUAUGUCCUGUGUAAUUUAUUUUAAUGAAACAAUAAUUGAAUUGCUUGUGGAUGGUAGAUAGAUAGAUUAGACAGAUAAAUGGAUGGAUGAUUGGGUAGAUAGAUCGAAAGAUAGGAUAUAAUUCCUUCAUUUGUAUGUACAAUUUUUUUAAGAUUCUGUACUGUUGAGUGUGCUGUGCUUUUUCAUUUUUUAAAAAUUAAAUUAGUGUUGAUGUGUAAUAA